GUCUGAUCUCACCAUCAACAACUACACCUACCCAAACAAACCAUUGAGAAAGAAAGAGAAAUGAUCCAAGAGAAGAAACAUGACCUAAUAAUAUUAGUAUCUUCUCAGUGAAAAAAUCAUAAUUAUUUUUUCGUGGUCAGAUCACACAAGCAAGAACCACGCGUCUCAGCUACUUACGCCCGAUCUCUCGUGAAGCCACAAUCCACACCACUAUGACUACAACCACCAAACCCACUGAUGGCAACAACGGCGGCAAGACGCAAACGCAAACGCACAAGAAACAAGUGAGAAGACGACUCCACACAAGCCGUCCUUACCAAGAACGUCUCCUCAAUAUGGCCGAAGCUCGUCGCGAAAUCGUCACCGCCUUAAAACAACAUCGCGCUUCCAUGAGACAAACCGCCAAGAUUCCACCCUCUCCUCCACCGCCGCAGAAUCUGUUUUCACCACCGCCUCCUCCUCCACCCCCGGAUCCAUUUUCUUGGAUGAAUCCACAACUAAAUAUUCUCCUCCCUAACCAACCUUUAGGGUUAAACCUAAAUUUCCACGACUUUAACGACUUCAUCACAACCUCUUCUUCAUCAUCAUCAUCAUCAAACUCAUCAUCAUCAUCCUCAUCUAUAAAGAAUCCACAUACCUACUCCUCCCCUUCACCUCCUCCUUCCACCUUUGCUGCCACUUCCAAUCCAUCUUCUCAACAACCACCAAAGCAGCUGAUGGUACCGGAGAACAACGUGGAGACGUCAGCUUGGUGGUCAGAGCUCAUGAUGAAGUCGGUGGAGACGGAGAUGAUAAAGUCAGAGGAAAAAGUCUCCGUAGUCGAAGAUGACGUCUUCCCUAAGUUUAAUGACGUCAUGGAGUUUCCUUCUUGGUUGAAUCCAACAGAUGAAGAAUUGUUUCAUCCUUACAAUCUCACUAAUCAUUACUCCUCCCCUCAAAAUCCUCCAUUGUCCUGUAUGGAGAUUGGAGAUAUUGAAGGCAUGGAUGGAGACGACUGGCUUGCCUGGCUCAGCCACAAAGAUUGAUUACUGUUUUUUU